AAAAAAUUAUAUGAUUGAAGUAUCCCAUAAAAGUUUUCAAUUUCAACAAGGUUUGUUUAAUAGAUUAAGGUUUAAAAUUAAAAACGUGAGUAAUGUUCCAAUUACAUUUAAAAUCAGAUGCAAUAAUAACACAAAUUAUAAAUUAGACCAUUACUUUGGACUAAUACAUAGUCAUUAAGAUUUUGAUAAUUGCAUUCAAAAUAAUGAGGCAGCAGUAAUAUCAAAUUUAAAUAAAAUUAGGAUAUCAAAUUGUAAGGAGAUUAAUUGGAAAUUUAAUAUGCAGAAUAUACAGAUCCCUUAUAAGAUUUGAAAGAUUUUUGGAAAUCCAGAAAAAGCUUGGAUCAUGUUAUAAUUACUAUUGAAGUUUUGGAUGUCUAAUAAUAAUAGAAAGAAGCUAUACUUGCUGAAUUACAACUUAAAUCAUAAUCAUUACAAAAAGAAUUAUAAUCUAUCAAAUAUUAAUAUGAAUAGGCUUAGAAAUCUGCUGUCGAUAUCAAUUAUUUUAAUUAAUUCCAAGAUGGAUUUACGGUUGGCUAAUUGAUGAUCGUUAUUGUUAUAUGCUUGUUUUGUGGUGGAAUUUUUAGAUGAAUUUAUAUAUUGUUUUAAAAUAAAAAAAUAUUAGAAUUGUUCAC